AUGUCUUCCAUACGAGAAGUCGACAAAAUUACGUUGGUCACGCCGCGACCUGUUGAGAUGCAAGUUCUAUGCCUAGGUCUUUCUCGUACAGCAACAAUGACAAUGUACACCGCCCUCAACAAGCUGGGCUACAAAUCUUAUCAUAUGCUAGCAGCGGUCACAGAGCCACGAAGUGUACAAGAUCGUCAUCUUGUCUGCUGGCGUGAGGCUCUCAACUACAAGGUCCACGGCGUUGGCCAGCCUUACACCGGAGCAGAUAUUGAUAAGAUCUUACAAUACCACAGUGCAGUCACUGAUAUGCCCUGCGUAAACUUCUCAAAGGAGCUAAUCGAGAGAUUUCCCAAUGCCAAAGUUGUUUUGACGCAGCGAGAUCCUUAA